ACAUGAAGAAGAUCUACGUGUGGCAUUCAGAGAAGGCAGUGAAAGAUUAUGUGUCUGACGUUGCAGGGGUCGUAACAUUUCUGCACCUUUCAAAGAACCCUUGUAAUGCGAAGAUUGCAUCUUACACUUCUAAGGAAUUCGGAAGACUUGAAAAGGAGCUGAAUGAUGAAUGUGAAAAGCUGCACAAGUUUCUGACCAAUGUCCAGAGUAAACUGAGGGAUAACUUGGUAAAGGGAGUGAAAGAGGCUGAGAAGCACUGUUUGACCAAUGGCAGAAAGGUUCUGGAGCCAAAAAAGAAAUGUUACAGGGGCUUCCACAAGACACUCAAGGCCUUGUGUAAAUACAAUGGGUAUUUCAGGUGUGGUAAUGGAGAUGUUUUUGACCUGAACUAUACACUCGCAGAGCCCAUGUAUGCAAAUAUGAAUGACGUAUUUCUGCAAACCUUCAGCCCCGGAAGUUCAAGACAAUCAAUCUAUGGGAAGCUUGGAAGUUUCCAGGAAUCAUUUAUCGCACCUUGGGAUCUGGAUGCAUGUAAAAAGGAGCCAGAAAAAUACCUGCGUAAGGUGUACAUUAAGACAAAGCAAAGAAAAUUGCUUAGCAGUAUGGAAAAGGAGAUCGUUCAAAGAAAGAAGUCCAUCCAUGAUUCCCUCAGCAAAUCUGUCCAAGCAACUAUGAUGACAGCUUUUAGAGAUUUUUCUGGGACUGGGACAUACACUCUGGCAAAUAUUCAGGACACACUGAAGGAAAAAAUUCAGUCUUCCAAAAAUACCAUUUUUCAGCAAGCUAUGAACGAGAUGCUGAGACAGUUUGAAGACCUCAAGACGUGGACUGUGAAAGAACUUGAGACACAGAUGACGGCACACAUGAGGGUGGCUCUCGGGCAGAUCCCAGACGACUUCAUCAACCUACCUGAUGUUGAUGAAGAAUUACAGAAUAUGAAAAGUUGGUGUGAAGUAUUAGACCUUAGGAUUUUUAUGUGAAAGGACCUCCUGGACAGAAGAACCAUUCUUGUCAAACAUUUACAUCAGGAGUACAGCUACAAGAAAAAGCGCACUUGAAAAGUAAUGGAAGACUGUAAACAUAAUUAUUUGAUGGUUUAUUUGGUGUUUAAUGUGUAAAAAAAAAAUUGAACACACUUUUCAGUAAGUAGUUUUUUUAUUCCUUAUUGGCUUCUUCCAGUCUCAAAAAUGGAACAUUGUCAGUUUUUCUCAGAGAACUCCUGAAUUUUCCAGAACAGACUUCUGGUUCUCUGUUUGUUUACAGUAGAACCUGUCUAACAUUACAAACAUGGUAUGUAGAAACAGUAUGAUAAAUUUUAAUCUUACCAUUUAUUAACUUCAAUAUUGAUACUUAACAU